UUGCCUUCAAGCUCGGAGAAAGUGAAUCAGAUUUUCAUGUUUUUGUACACAAACCCAUGGCCAAGAAGGAGAGAGAAAAAGAGAGAAAGAAACAAAGCUGAAGAAAAAAACCCAACUUUCUUUUUGUCUAUAUAGUGUAAGUCAUCCAUAUAUACAAAACCCUCUAUAGCUUUUAAUCCUCUCUCACAAAAACCGACCACUUUCUGCUUCUGUGUGCAUAUUUUCCACAGCACUUCCGUUUUUCUUUAACACAGGACUUUGUUUUUUACUUACAACAGCCACACUAUCGUUCUGCUGGUCUUUCGGUGACUUGUGAGGGAGAAAAGACCAUUCAUAAUUAUCCAAAGGAACAGUCUUUUUUGGAUCUUCUAGGCAUUUUGGUUUGUUUUUGACCCAAAUCCCUUGAUGGGUUUGUGAAAAAUGGGUGAAGUUGAAAUGGGUUCUGCUUUAAAGGGGAAGCUUAAGAGUCUAUGUUGCAGUGGUGGAUGGUGUUAUGGGGUUUUCUGGCGAUUUGAUCCUAGGAAUCCUAUGUUAUUGACCUUUGAAGAUGCCUACUAUGAGGAGCAAAUGGCGCCAUUGGUAAAUGACAUGCUUUUGCAGGUGCACAUUCUGGGCGAAGGAAUCACCGGCAAAGUUGCAAAGACCGGGAAGCACCAAUGGAUUUUCUCGGAUAAUUGUGCUGAUGAAAUAGAUUUGCUUAGUCUUAUUAGAAGCCGAGAUGAAUUUCAGGAUAACUUCGAAUUCCUUCCCCAAUUUUCUUGUGGAAUAAAGACAAUUGCAAUUAUCUCCGUGAAAUCACAAGGAGUGGUAAUAUUUGGAGCAGGACAAAAGAUUCUGGAAAAUGAGGAGUUUUUAGAUAAAACAAAAAAGUUGUCCGAGGAGAUGGCAAACACUGAUGGGUUCGUAUCACUGGAUAGCAUCCCUGCAUCCAUGAAUGAUGAAGACUACAAUCUAAAUGAGUGGAUUGAUUCCUUAAUUUCCCCUGGGAAUUCCUGUAAUAGGAAUAUGACAACCAUGGAUGGCAGCAAUAGUGAAGUGCUUGUCCGAAAAACUAGUUUUUCAACAAGUAAUACGCCAUUGUCUCCUUCUGCAUUGAAUCUGUAUGAUGGAGGCAUGACCCCGGUGUGCAUUAACCAAUUAAUAGCUGCUGAAACAGAAACUCGAUUAUUAUCAUCUGGUAUGCCUCACACCGAGAGUCCAAAUGCCGAAGCCCCUAGUAGUAUGUGGAGUGGUGAAGGGUCCAUGUUGACUUCAUUCGAGUCACAGUUGCCAUCAGAAUUUUGGUUUGAUACAAUUACAUUUCCUACAACAGCAGAUACUCUUGCAAAUUGUGGUAAUAGAGCAGAGAAUAAGCAGGCAUGCUCAAUAUCUGGUUUGAUUGAUGCAGAAAAAUGUAUUGAAGACCAUUCUACGAGUAUUAAGCAUUCUGCUUCAUUGGUCCAUGCAACUAAUAGUGAACUUCUGGAAUGUGCAACUAGUGAAACCAAUUUUGAUUUUUCAAUGGAUGUCUCUGACUUCUGUGUGGUAGAUAAUCUUUCCGAGUGCUUUGUUCCUUCAUCGGUGGACUGCAUAGAUGAUGUUACUAUGGCAAUAGCUAAUGAUCUAUCAAAAGCCAUAGGAGUUACUUCAGAUCUGUACGACGGGCAGCAGAGGUCUGUAGUAACUAGUGCUGCAGAGUGUGACCUGUAUGAAGCUUUGGGUCUGAGUUUCGAGUCGUCUAGAAAAGCUGGGGCGUGUUGGGAAGAGAUUUUGAUGCCGGCAGUUAGCUGUGAUCGCUCUGCAAUCAGCAGCGGUAUGUCAGAAUGUAUCUCCGGGUUGGAUGUUGCUCACACAGCUGGCCCCCGAAAAGGAUUGUUCUCGGAGUUUGGACUUGAAGAUCCUUUAGAUUGCCUCAGUAAUUCUAAUUUUGAGGAUCAGUUGUCCACCACCAAAAGAAGGAGAAUGGACAAUUUGACAGCAAAUGAUGCAAAGAUGCUGCCUGUUUAUAAUCUGGACAAGACUAAUACUCUAUUGUUUAAGAAAGAGACUUUUCCGAAAUCACAAGUGGGUUUAUGGAUCAACAAUAGCUAUAGCAUUGAUGCAAAAGAUAAUGCCAUAGCAACAACAGCGAAGAAGUGCGAGGAACCUUCGAAGGCAACCAAGAAAAGAGCCAGACCCGGUGAAAGUACUCGGCCUAGGCCCAAAGACCGUCAGCAGAUCCAAGACCGUCUCAAAGAGUUGAGAGGGAUCAUCCCCAAUAGCAGAAAGUGCAGCAUUGAUUCACUACUCGAUCUCACUGUCAAGCACAUGCAUUUCUUGCAAAGUAUUACGCAAUACGCUGACGAACUUAAACAAAUUGAUACGCCAAAGCUGAUCAGCCAGGGCAACGGAUUGGUCCUGAAAGACAACAGCAUAGAUGGUACUAGUUACUGCAGGGAUACAACGCGGGCAUUUGACUUCAGCAGUCAAACAAUGGUUUGCCCUAUCAUAGUUAAGGACCUCAGCACAGGCGGCCAUAUGCUUAUAGAGAUGCUUUGCGAGGACAAGGGAUUCUUUCUUGAGAUUGCAGACAUAGUUAGAGGCUUUGGGUUGAACAUCUUAAAGGGAAUAAUGGAAACUCGAGACGAUCAAAUAUGGGCACACUUCAUUGUUAAGACAAGCAAGGAAGUAACCGGGCAAGUAACCAGGCAGGACGUCUUUUGGUCACUUCUCCAACUGAUUCAGGACACUGGCACUAGCGGGAUUGAUUCGACGAUUCAGCCUAGUAAUAUAAUGGAUUCUGUGAUUCCUCCAUUUGAUGGUUAUCAGCGAUCUUCGCUGCAGCUUCCUAUCAGCAUGGCAGAUACGCUACGAUGAUGAUCAUUAUCAUUACUAGAAUCUUUAAGAGACACCUUGAGCAUUCCUCGUAGAAGUUUUGCGAUGAUCAGUGUCACUUGAAAUCGAAGAGGUUUCUCCGUUCCAUUUCAACCGCGCCAGAAAGGAAAUGUGCAUACAGUUGAUAGAGUAGUCAGUAGUUCAGUAGGAAUGGCAAUUGAUCAGUUUGCCAUAUUUAUUUCUUGUUUUGGCCUUGUGAUCUCAGUCCACUCUGCUAGAACUUGUUCAUAACAACCUUAAACUGAUAAAAACCAUUUAGUCAUAGCCUAACACUCACUUGUUCUUGGCCUCCUUGUUGUUUCAUGAUCUUACUAUGCAUGGUUAUAAAAGAUGUGAUAAUUCUCAUAUUGUUGA